UAAAAAUAAUAAUAUAUGUGUAUGUGUGUCGCGGGCCUUCCUUUACCAAUAUAUACCUUCUUACGUAUGCUUACUGUCAUGCUAUCAUGUUAUAAUCCCCUUCGACUUUAUGGAUUUUAAAUAUAUAUACUAAUAAUAAUAACUAUUGUCAGGUGUUCCAGAGUUAUUGACAAGUCUAUACAUAAUAACUUGAUAAGUAAAUUUAAUUGUUUUUAUUCUAUAUAAUGAAUAAAAAACCAAAUUUAUGACUCAGUUAUCAUUAUGACGCACUUUAAUUAUCGUACUUUUCGAGAAAAUGUGCAGUCACUGACUUAGUUUUAUAUAUACUUGCAUUCAAUAAAUAUUAGGUUACAAAGCUCAUAGAAAGUGUAACAAAGCGAAAUGAUAAUAAUGUGACCGGAAAGUUAUCUUAUUCUAUGAAUAUUUUAACAGAAUCUAAAGUCAAAAUGCAAAAUCAAUGGAAAUCAUUUAUUAACUCAAAAAGUUUGUUAUCGAUUGUAAAAUAUAAUGAAAAUUUUAAGUUGAUGCUUAACAAGUACUGGGUAGAUGUUACCAAAAAGUUGACGCUUUCUUCAAAUAAUUAUGAUGAAAAGAGAAAUUUUAAUAAUCAUAAUACAGUAAAUAAUAAAGAUGGUGAUCAGAAAAUGGAAAUAUCCCAAAAUAUGAAAGAAUUAAAAAGCAUUAAUCGAGGAGCUGGUGAUUUAAAUAUUGAUGAUAAAAAACAGAGUUUACAAUCAUCUGUUGUUGCAUCAGACCAAUUAUUGCAGAAUACAAAAGAUCAAAUACUAGCAUUACCACAAUUGUUGAACAAUUUAUUUACAAAAUUAAAUCCUCGAGUCAAAGAAUCCUUGCCAUUGACUACAGUACCAAAAUGGAAGAUAUAUGCUAAAAGUAAUAUCACAAAACAUAGUAUUUUAUCGAGAACUAAACACAUACUGAACAGUAUAGUUAUUGCUGAAUCAAGCACCUCACAAUUGAAACGCAUCGAAGAUUUUCUAGCCCAUAUAGAGCAGUAUCCGGAAGCAAGGUAUCACGCUCUUAAAGAAGGAGUAGUAAAAGUAUUGUUAAGAACAAGGCAAAAGUCUGAAGAUGAGAAAGUAAAUGAAUCUAUUCGAGAAGCUCUUGCUGUCAUAGGAUACAUUGAACCACUUCCUUGUCGAGGUAUUAGAAUUCUUUCAAUUGAUGGUGGUGGAUUGAGAGGGCUUCUAGUCAUUGAAAUGUUGAAAAAGUUAGAAAAAUUAACAGGGCGUAGAGUACAUGAGAUGUUCGAUUAUAUGUGUGGAGUCAGCACUGGUGCCAUAUUAGCAGCGAAUUUAGUCAUAAAAUGGACUAAUACUGAUGAUGGAUCCCCAAAACGAAAAUCUUUAGAGGAAAUUUCUGAUUUAUAUAAAGCACUCAGCAUGAAAAUUUUUAAUCAAAAUGCACUUCGUGGGACAAGUAGUUUAGUAUGGAGCCAUGCAUACUAUGAUACUGCUUUAUGGGAAAAAAUGUUACAAGAACAGUUGGGAAAUGAAGAUCUCAUAAAAACAGCCCGUGAUCCUUGUUCACCAAAGUUUUCAGCUAUUGCAACUGUUUUUAAUGAUGCCCACGUAGCGGCAUAUAUAUUUAGAAAUUAUACAUUACCACCUCGAGUUGAAAGUCAGUAUAUGGGCUCAUAUAGACAUAAGUUAUGGGAAUCCGUUAGAGCAUCGGCUGCUGCACCAACAUAUUUUGAAGAAUUUAAACAUGGAGAUUAUAUUCUAUCUGAUGGUGGAAUAAUGGUUAAUAAUCCAUGUGCAGUAGCAAUUCAUGAAGCGAAACGUUUAUGGCCAAAUAGUCCAAUUCAAUGUGUUGUGUCAUUUGGAACUGGUAGAACCCCACCAAUUAUUCCAAAUAAUGAAGGUCACAUAAAAGAAGGAAAUAUCGGGUCAUCUAGUUGGAAGGAUAAAUUUUACAAAAUUCUAGCAAGUGCUACUGAUACAGAAGGAGUACAUAUAAUAUUGAAUGAUCUUCUACCUGAUCACGUAUACUAUCGAUUUAAUCCAUAUUUAACUGAAAUGAUACCUAUGGAUGAGGUAAGACCUGAUAAAGUAGCAUUGUUGGAACAAGAUGCUCAAAUGUAUAUCAGAAAAAAUGAAGAUAAAUUUAAUCAAGCUUCAAUUGCGUUAAGUCAAAAGAAGACCGCAUCUCAGGCAGCUAUGGAUUGGAUUAAACUUCAAAAAGAUAUAUUAGGUCUUUAAACUAAUUUAUUUUCAAAAAUUAGUAGAAUUGCAUUUUUGUUUAAGUAAAGACGUUUCAGUGAAAUUCUGGGAUUUUUGUUUUAACUGAUUUUUUCUUAAUUUUUUCAAAUUAAUGUAUGAAUUCUACAUCUCUACAAAUGAUUUUAAUCCCACUUUUGCAGAUAUAAUUGUAACUCGUAAUCAUAAAAAUAAAAAUAACCUCAAGUUAUUCUAACUGUGAUAUUUACCAAUAGAUUUAUUCAAUUGAACUUUUCGCUAGCGCUCAUGACUUUAAGUAUGUAUAUGUUAAUUUAUUAGAACUCGAGUCAGAUUUCGGGACCUAGCAAAAGUUUCGUGAGGCUAAUGAAGUUUAUUUUGUAUUAUUAAAAAAAAAAAAAACUAUAAUAAUAAAAAACCAAUUAAGUCUA